AUGCACUGCGCCCCUGCCCGCAGCCAGACACGCUGCCUCGCCCCUUCAGAAGGGCCAGAGCUUGGCCCCGGGGCCGCGCCCUUAACGCCCUGGGCGCCCGCAGCAAGGGGCUGCAAAAAUCGGGAGCAGAAAGGAGGCCGAGGGGCGGAGGCGACCUCCAGCCCGCGCCGGCCCGCGGGACCACCCGGCCCUCGGCGCGGGUGCGCGCCCCCUCCCGCCGCGCACCUCACCGCCGCACACAAAGCGCCCGCGGGCCGGCUGGGAGAGCCGGCGGGGGGCUCGGGUGCCGGCGAGGGGAGGCGACAGCGAGCUGGAGAGACUCACCAUGAAGUCCCGGGCGAAGUUGUCCUCCCCAUUGUGGUCCGGACUCUUCAUGGCCUGGACCCUCUGGAUGAAUUUCCUCAGGAUCUCCACUUGCUCCAUCCUCCCGCGUCCCCCCGGCUGCGGUCGCUGGCCCCCCCGCCGCCCGCCCGCCCGGCGCAGAGCCCGCUCCGUCUUCCCCAGCUCGCUCCCCCUGCCGAUCCCUCCCCGCCCGACCCCCGCCCAACCCCGCCGCUCCCUCCUCCUCCCCACCGCCUAAGGCGGUGGCUGAGGCGGCACCGGCCCCGGCCCGGCUCCCGACACCACAACUUCCAGGAGCAGCCGCCGCUCUCCGACAGUACGAGGCGAGCCGCUGCGGCUAGCGCCAACCCCCACCCCCAGCUUGCUCCAUCCUCCUUCCCCGCCCUCCUCCUCCUCCUCCUCUGUCCGAGACGCCGCCGCCGCCGCCUCAGGAACACGGCUCUCCGCUCGCCCUGCCCCCCCUUCCCGGUUCUUCCUCCCCCCACCCCCCACUUGCAGCCACAAGCCGCCUCUCCCAACGGGCGCGCCCCCGCCGCCACACAGACGCGCGGCCCCGUGAAGCGGCUCCGCCCCAAGCGCGACGCCGCGCCGAUCCGCCCCCGCUCGUCAGCCCCGGGCCACCCCCUUCAGCCCGCCCCGCCAGCCGCAGUCCCGGCUCGGAUUGGCUUGGGAGGCACCUCGGCGGCCUGGGCAGCCUGACUUCACUUCCGGGGCGUGGCCCACUCGGGAGCUUUCAGGACUGGAGAUAGGAAUUGGUUCCUCUGGAGGCGGGAAUACGACGCUGAGCAGAGCAAACCCUAAUCCGUUGGAGUAAGACUUCAGUUGGAACUUGGCGGUCUCACCGCCUACCGGGAAAGAAAAGCGUAUUUCGAGAGUGCUGUAGGGCGGCCGCCUGCCGGGGGCUGGGACUACAAGUCCCAGUCUCUGCGAGUCUGGGAGCGGGGCGGGGCGGGCGGGAGUGGGAAGAGAGGCAUGCUGGGAACUGUAGUAGUGCAGCCGCCCGGUUCCCGGCUGGCUAGUAGGCGCUGGUCUUGGCGUUGGCGUGUGGCGAGUGGACGGCACUUAGGCUUUGGCUCUUUAAGGCAUGGCUACGGCUGAGAGAAGCGAAACGCUUCUUGGGUGAAAAGACUUUGUCUUUGCAAAUCCGUAUAAGCUGAGGUGAGUGAACGCCUGAAGUCCGGAGUGUGCUUCACGUACCGAAUACUUGCUAGGGGCUCAGUGAUUCAUGAACUGAAGGGAAUUCGUCCUCCUGCCUGUGGAGUCAGCACUCCAGAACUGAACGAUAGACUCCGGGGAACGGACUUUAUUUAUUUACACGACUUUGUGAUUCUGGGUCUAGCGCCUCCUCUUAGAAAUAAAGUGAUUUGCCUAGGGUCCCCCCGGCAGCUCCUUAGCAGACCAUAAGUAGACCUGAAGUCCUUUUGCUUUCACUACAACACCACACUGCCCCUCACUAAGGAGCGUAGAUUGGUGGUAUGACAGAAGCGAAGGAUUUGAUGCGUGGACGUUGGCCGCUUAUCCGCACAAAGAACGCGUUUUUGCGAAGCAAACUGGUCAAGGAGUUUUGGUUUAAACCAUAUCUGGGUUACCACGCUUUUGCUAGAUGAAUGCUGAGUAGCACCAUGGAAUUUAACGAAAACCUUGAAGAAGAUGGGUGUGUUGCUCUUUCUAAAGGAAUAUGUUUCUAUUUAAAAUAACGCAGCUGAUGCUUGCCAGGGCCCUCCUCAUGGAAACGUGGCCCUCCAAAUGUGCCCUCGUCUUUUCCUGUCCAUUUUAAACUGAGUGUGCAUGAAAAGAGUUUGGUUCUGUAUUUGGAAAAUUCACUUAGAGGAAUAGUUUAAUUUCUAAGGUGACUUUCGUUUAACCAGAUACCAAGAGUCAAUUUCAUUGGAUAUAAGAAAAAGUCAGAAUCUAGGCUAAAUCCUCUACCAGUGUCGUUGGCUGUAGAUACCUGUUUGCCCCUAGAAUGGAGAGAGAAAUUAGACCAAAGGCAAAGAAAUGGGUAGACAAUUAGGAGUGCCUCCACUGUUCUUUUUGUAACAGGAGAAACACCUUCGUUCCUCCACUGGUUCGUUCCCCAGAUGCUCCCAACAGCCACGUCAGGGUCUGACCAAAGCCAGGAGCUGGGAACUCAAUCCAGGUCUCCCACAUGGGUGGCAGGAGCCUGAUUACUUGAGCCACCAGGCUGCCUCCCAGGAGCUGCAUUAUACAUUAGCAGGAAGUUAGAGUCCGGAGCCAGAGCCGGGACUCAAACCCAGGUAUUAUGUGUGAUGCAGGCGUCCCAGUCUGAGUCCCAACCACUAGGCCGAAGGGGCUUGUGCCCCUACUUCCACUUUCAAAUGUUAUUUGCUUAUUUUUUAAUUUUAAAGGCAGAGAGACAGAUCUCCCAUCUACUGGUUUGUUCCUCAAAUGCCUAAAACUGCUGAGGCUGGACCAGGCAGAAACCAUGAGCUGGGAUCAGUCUGCAUUUCCCAGUGUUUUAGGCACCCAUGGCUCCUGCUGCCACUGUUGUAGCUGCUACCACCGCUGCUGCUGGGUUGCUUAGGAGUGGAAACAUGAGACAAGGUCACCAAGAAACAGGAAAAGAGAAACAGAUAUCUGCAACAGCUGAGACUGGCCAGAUGGAAACAGGGGGCCAGGAACACAUUCUGGGUCUUCCAUGUGAGUGACAGGAUCCCACUUACUUGAGCCAUCACUACUGUCUCCCAGGAUGUACAUUAGCAGAAAGCUGGAGUCAGGAGCAGAGGUGGGUAUUGAACCUUGGCACUCCCAUGGGGGAUGCAGUGUCUUAACUGGCAUCUUAAACACUAGGCCAAGCACCCACUCUUCUUUCUGUCUUUUGCCGUCUACUCUCUCUUAAUUUGGCUGGAACUAAUAGGUUUCAAACUGUAAACAAGAUUAAGCACCUCUGUUGUAGUACAAUAGUUUGAAUUUAGGGCAAGUGUUGUAUUUUACCUGUUUGACCAUGACUGGUUUGUAAUAAUGUAAAUUUUUGUUGGUUUGUUUGAAAGAGAUGGAGAGAGAUGGAGAGAGAGAGAGAGAAUUCCCAUUCACUGAUUCAUUCCCUUACAAUGACUGAUCCAGGCCAGAACCAAGAGCCAGGAACUCAAGUUGGGUCUCCCAUGUGGGUGGCAGGGAUCCAACCACUUGCACUGUCACCAGUGCCUCCCAGGUUGUACAUUAACAGGAAGCUGGACUUGCAAGUGGAGCAAAGACUUGUACCCAGGCACUCUGCAUGGGAUGCAGGCAUCCCAAACCAGCAUCUUAGUCACUGUGCCUUACACCUGCCCCAGCAAUCUGAUUUGAGGGUACAUGCCUGGCCAUUGUUGAUGACACCUGUGACUCUAUCUGGAUACAGUCAUAAAUGUCAGAGCCCUCUCUCUGUCUCUCCAGUAUAGCCUGUGUUCUACCUGCUGUAACACAGUAGGCGUCUUCCCUGUGGGUGUAUGGCAGAGCCUGGGAUCUGGAGAGGCCCGUAGGCAUCCAGACGCUUCCAAUUCCCUCUCCCAUCAGUAUGUACUCCGAGUCUUCCCCAGAGUGGUGAGAAUUAGAGCCCUUACUCUGUCCCGGGACAGGGACCCUUAUCUUUGAGCCCACUGAGUCUGCAGAGGGCAGGAGAUGGCACAUAGCUUUCAUUUUGUUCUGUCUUAUGUCAUUGAGCCUGCAUUCUCCGGGUAAGGGGCUUACUUGAUUAGAGGAAAAGGAACCAGAUUUUAGUUCCAACUUGUGUAAAAGGAAAUGAUUUUGAUUUUCUUCUGUCAAGAUUAAUCUCUCUUUAGGGUUAGAUUUCUCUCCAAAAAGAUGGUACUAAUUUGCCUUUCCACUAAAAAUAUAUGAAAGUUCCUGUCUCACCACACCCAUACCAAUCAUUCUCAUUUUUAAUAUUCAUGACUGUGACAGAUAAAAGAUGGUGAUUUCAUGUUUAAAAUGUGUGCUUCUUUGAUUGCUGGUAAAGCGGAAUAUUUUUCUGUGUUUCCUGCCACACUAUCAAAUUUCCUUCUUUGUGAAUGGUUAUUUCUUGCCCGUCUAUUUCUCCCACGUCCGUAUCAUUUGGAAAAAAUCAGUUGGGGAAACAUAUCGAAGCAAAACUCUUUUCUAGUCCAGAAAUCAUUUCAUUGUGCUGUUUACUCCAGGUAUACCUAGGAGGAUGGUGGCAAAGGUCACAUUAACAAUAGCAAUCUACAAAGAGUCUAAAGCAUAAAUUAAGAUGGUGAUCUAAGUGUUCUUCCAAUUUUUGGGAUCAAACUAGCUCCAUGCUCUUCUUACUACCUGCCUGCCCUCUGAUGGAGGUGCUGAAGAGCAUCCCUGGAGGUCAAGUGAGCUGUAAGGGGGAUAGUGAAGAACUCAAAGGGAAGCCUAAAUGGCAAAGCACCCCUGAGUAAUUAAAAAGCCAUGGUGUGGGGUGGGUGUUCAGCCUCGUGGUGAAGAUGAGACUGAAGACACCUGUGUCUCAUAUCAAAGUGCCUGAGUUUGAUUCUGGUUCCUGAUUCCAACUUCCUGUGAAUGUACCAGGAGACAGCAGGUGAUGGCCCAAGUGAUUGGGUUGCUGCCACCCACAUGGGAGACCUGCGUUGAGUUCCUGGCUCCUGCCUCCAAUCUGGCCCAGCGCAGGCUUUUGUAGGCAUUUGAAGCAUGAACCAGUUCAUGAGAGUCUCUUUCUCUCUCUCUUGCUAUUUCUGUAUGUCUAUCUCUUUCUCUCCCCACCACCCCUCUCAAAUAAAGAAAAAACCCAAGCAAUUAAAAAUCACUGUUUGGGGGCCAGCACUGUGCGCAGCGGGUUAACGCCCUGGCCUGAAGCUCUGGCAUCCCAUAUGGGCGCCGGUUCUAGUCCCGGCUGCUCCUCUUCCGAUCCAGCUCUCUGUUAUGGCCUGGGAAAGCAGUAGAAGAUGGCCCAAGUCCUUGGGCUCCUACACCCACAUGGGAGACCCAGAGGAAGCUCCUGGCUCCUGGCUUCGGGUCAGCGCAGCUCCGGCCGUUGCGGCCAUCUGGGGAGUGAACCAGCGGUGGAAGACCUCUCUCUCUGUCACUACCCCUCUCUGUAACUCUGUCUUUCGAAUAAAUAAAAUAUUUUUUUUUAAAAAAAUAGCUGUUUGACUUAGAACAACUGCU